GUCCUUUUUAUAGAUUGUAAAUUCCGCAAUAAAAAUUAUUUGAUAUGCAUUACAUUAUGAAAUGGUGCUGAAUGAGAAGAAUUUGAAGAAUGAAUGUUAUCCUAAACUUUUUCUUGUUUUUAUAUAUUUCAUGUAUCUUAUUUAAAUCUGUGGUUGGCAAAAAUAACGAUCCUCAUAAGUUAUUAUUAAACAACUUAUAUCAGAGACCUUUAUCUCAAUACUGGAACAAACAAUCUGCUUUAAAAUCUGAAAUUCCUACUUCACUGUUGACAAAUUCUCGCGGUAAAAACCAUGACAAAAACAAAAAAGUUGAAACAGCGAACUCAACAAACUAUAAAAGAUGGGGACCAAAAUUUGUUAUUAUUGAAAGCAUCAAGCAACCAAACUUUAUUAGACCACAUUUAGAUAAAAAUAGUCAAAUUCUACAGUAUAAUUAUGGUAAUCCGGGUGAAGAAGUUCCUACUUACAGUUUUUCUUAUAGAAAACAACCUUCAGUUUCAAAGGCUCUUGAAGAUUCAAAAAGACAAUGGCAAACAAUGUUGCCAGAAAAAAAUGCAAUCAAGUCAAGAAUACUUGACAAGGGACAUUAUAACCGCUACGAGGAGAAUAGCGAUUCAUUAGCCUACGCACACAGUCUUGAAGAUCAGCAAGGAUUUAAAACCAUAAACCGUUAUGCCGAAAAUGACAAUAAACCAAAAACAAACUUUUUUCCACAACAACAGAAUGGGCAUCGCAGAAUAAUGACACCUGAAAAAUCUGAAGAAGAGUUAGCAACAUCGUUUCUAGAUCCCUCUUCAUAUAAACGGAAUGGACGUGAAAACACCAGUACUUUUAAAAGUCCAAUUUUUAGGGAACUUGACUUAUCCAAAAACUUAAAAUCCAACAUGGACAAUCCACAUCUGAAAAUCAAUGUUGCUGAAAAUAAAAUAUUUAACGUUCCACAUCAGCUGAAGCCAAAACUUUCUGACCUAAACAAUGCAGAAAAAAAAACAGUCAAAAAUUACCCCGAGAGUGGGCAUUACUUACCAGAAAAAAGUAGCAACUUUUUUCCUGAGACAAAAAUCUCCAAUUCUAUUUCUGAUUUGUUUAAAGAAACUGGGAGCAUACGAUCUGUACCAUCUGAUGUAUAUCCUAACGCAGACAGAAUGGACGAACCUCAAUAUCAGUCAACUGAAAGCGAUCCAAGUAAUGAAAGUAAAAACAAGAAUAACGAAGAAACAAACGUCCAAAGUAAAUUAAUAAAGCCGUUAAAUAAAAACUUUGAGACGCACAACAAUAAAGAUCGUUUUGUCCUUGAUGAACCCAAAAAAAACUUUCAAUCUUCUUUUUUAAAAGAUUAUAAAUUUGAGCACGAUUAUAAAAAUAACAUUUUGUUUAAAGACAAUUCUCCUCUUUAUAACGCUGUAGAACAUAGAGAACUAGACAGGAUAGAAAAUCAUUCAGAAUCAAAUUUGAACAAGAAAGUAGAAGAACUAAAAAGUCAAAGUAAAGAACAAAGUAUUUUAUUUUCUUCCAAACUCAAGCAACGAUCACACGGAAUGGACAACAAUGAUAGAAACGAAGAAUCAUUUUUAAGAAAUAUUCCAAAUGAACAUAAGUCAACUGAAAGUUCUCCUAUUGGAAACGAUAUCAAUCAAUCAAAAUUUCCUAUAGAAGAAAACUAUAUAAAGCAUUUUAUUAAAAACGACAAGUUAAACAAAAAGUUGCCUUCAUUAGAAAGCAUAUCUGUUGAAUCUAUAAAACAACAGGCAUUAGAAAAAAAUUCUUUUGAACAUAAUAAUUUGUUACCUGAACAAGAAAAACCGUUAAUAAGACAAACCUCAUUAGAAAGUGGCGAGUUUUUGUUUAACGAUGACAAAAAAAUACUUAAUGAUGAAAAGAAAAAAUCAAAUACUGACAAAAAGCAAGACAAUUUUUCAAAAACAUCUCCUUACGAACUUAAAACUAGUGAAGAAGAUGAAGAUAAAUUUGUGAAGGUGACACAAGAGCAACGAUCAACAGAGUUUCAAUAUAAAAAACUGAAACAAAAUUCAACAAAAGCGUGUAACCGUUGCAGCGAGAAGAUCAAUCAGCAAGGAAUCAAUCAUGAACACCGUUUUGAACAAAAUUGUUGCGAAGAACGAGCAACUUUAGCUAAAGCUUUUGAAAAUGAAGAAAUAAAUCCGACGCAAAAAGCAGAAAGUAAAUCUUUUCCGCAAAAAUCCAAUUUCCACGAAGAAUUUCAAGCAAAAAAGUAUUCUUCUAACGUAGAAUCUGAAUUUGUAGUUAGUGUAAAAGAAAAUAUGAUGUGGUUUUACGACAAUUUGGUUAAACAAGCAGGGUAUCGUGUAAUUCAAUUAUAUUCAACUGGGUGUAAUAAGGGAGAUUGCUCCAACUCUAUUAGUUCGAUAAAAAUAAAUGGUGUUGAGUUAGGAGGGGGUGUAGAUGGAAUAAAUAUUGUUGUUCUCGAUUAUCCAAAGUAUGACUUUCUAUAUUCAAAGACAUACAAUACUGGGUUCAACGAGUUUGAAUCUGAAAAAAUGGUCAGAUUUAUUGAACAGAUUCAAUCGUCUUCUGUUGUACUUGUUGUUUCUCAGGGAGAAGCAACUAAAGCUUUGACAGUUGAAGCUUGGAAAGCAUUGGGUAAACUAGCUGGAAAAUCAGAAAUUUUUGUUCCACCAGGUGGUUCACUUGCAUUUAUAGGUUUUAAGGGAGAAAGUAUUUUUCUUUCCAAAGAAGGUAACUACCAAGUAUCAGGUGAUGGUGCUAGCUUGGUUUUUUCUGUUAUAGGUUCAGGAAAUGAACAUCUGACGUUUGGAGGAUCUGGCCAAUUAUACACGAAUUUCAUUCAUGAGAUGAUAGUAAAUGACACUGGAAAACUUUUAAGCAAUAAAGACAUUCAUAAAGUUGCAAUGAAAAUUUUUUCAGAUGCCGAGGAACCUUCAGUUAUAUUAGAAACUAUAAAACCGCCAUCUAAGUUGAGGGUAAUAUCUAAUGUUAGUGAUUCUGUUUCAAACGUAGUAGAAAAGUUGCCAGAUCAAAAUCAUUUAACAGAUAUCACAAACAGUGACGUUACUACAAAAUUCAAAAGCAAAAACAAAAUUGAUUUAAAAGCAGAAAAUGAUUACAAUGACAAAAGUAAAGUUCAAUUAAAAAACUCUGUUAACAAAAUGAUUUCUGAAAAUAAAAACAAACAUAUAAGUGCUGCAGAUUCCAAUUCUUUACAGUAUCCUUCAUCCAUUGAACUAAACGAUGCAAGCUCUAAUGUAGCCUCGAUAGGAUCGCAAUUAUCGAAUGACAAAGAACAUAUAUCAGAAGAAAACAAUAUACUAGAGGAACGGUUUUCAAAUAGAAAAUAUUUGAUAAAACAAAGUAAGAAUAAUCCGCAAUCAGAAACUAUUAUGAGUAAAGAAAGUCAGCAUAUUGCUGAAAAACAUCCUAAUGUUAUCAAGGAUCCAACAUCUUUUAAAAAUAUAUUCGAAAAGUUCUCUAACAAUGCAACAGAUCGAUCCUUUGAAGAAGGACUUCUGCUUUCUGAUGACUUGGCUCAUAGUUUAAAAAAAGUUUCAAAAAACAACAAACUCAACCAGAUGGAUGAUUUUAAAAAUGAUAUCAGGUUUAAAAAUACAUUCUUAGGGUAUCAAGAAUUAAACAAUCAAAACAGUUCACUAUUUGAACAAAAUAAAGAGGAGAAUCUUUUAAAAGAUCAAACAAAUAUAAAACCAAAUCAAAUCGAUAUUUUACAUCAUGAAGCAAAAAAUUCAGAAAGCGAGAUUAAAUUAAACCAUCAAAAACCCGACUUAAAAGAAACCAACCAGGUAGGAGAAAUUCAUUCCCCAGAAGAAUAUGCUGAACAUUUAUAUCAAGGUAAAAAAUUUUCAUUAACAUCGAACUUUAUAAAAAAUGAAGUCCAAAGUGAUGAAAGCAAAAUAUUGGAGUCAAAACCAUUUAAAUCCGAAGUAAAUUUAGAAACUCCAUUAUAUUUCUUAUCUCCAAAGGACAAGGAUGAAAUCAGUGAAGAACUUCAAGAUAGAAUGAAAGAAAUGGUACAUAAAGAGGUAAAUGAAACAUUGAAGCAUUUUAUUCUUGAACCUAGAAAUGAUCAAGAAAGUUUUUCUAAAGAAAUCAAAAAUGUUGAUGAUCGUGAAGAGAAACCAAUUGUUGAAGAAACCAUUGAAAAAAACCAAAAAGAACCCAACAGCAAAGACUAUAAACACAAAUCAAACAACAGCGGAGAGGAAAACAAUAAAGAAUUCGUUGAAGUAUCCGACAGUACUUCUAAGCUAAAUUAUAAAGUUAUUCCUUUAGAAAACCAGCCUGGUGAAAAGAGUCAUAUUAAUAAAAAUAUUUAUCACGAAUCAUUGAUAAAAAAAAUAUUUGAACCAAAAACCGAAUUAACAAUUAAAAGUAAGCUGCAUGAAAGGUUCAUCAAAAAAAAUAAAGACUUAUCAAGUUUUACCACUCAACUACAAACCAAUAGAAUUCAAAGCGAAAAAAAUGUUUCUGUUGGACAUUUUAAAAAAAGGGAGAGACUAUUAAUAAAAAAAGAAAAUCAAAGGAAUCGCGAAAAUGGAAAUAAGUUGGCGCAAUUGGCGCAGCUAGAAGAUAAAAUUGUUGCAAAUAGACUUAAUAAAGAUAAUGAUUUUCAAAUCAGUAAUAAAAAUACAUCCAUUAUGAAUAAAGAAAUGGAACAUUUAAAAGAACAAGAGUUGUUAAAUGAAGCCCUAUCAAAAAUAAGUGCAGAAACAGAAGACAUAAAAAAGCAAAACGAUUCCCAAAAGUCAAUUCAACAGGGAACGAACUGGUACAGUAAUGAUGACCUUAUAAAAAGUUUAGUUGAUACAAGCGAACAAUCAUACCCAGUAAAGGUUAGUAAAAAAACUGAUUCAGUUAAUCUAUCAAAAUCGGCUUUUGUAUCAAAUAACUUUCAUAAUUUCAACGAUGGUAAAGAUAGCGAGUUAAAUCAAGAUCGGUUGAGUAGUUCGUAUGAUUGCAAGCGACAUAAAAUAAUCAAAAACGGAAAAAAAUCAAAUAAAAAGCACUGUAUUGAGAAGAACAAUCCAUCAGAGAAUACUAAAAACGCACAUUCCAUUGCUCAUAGUAAUACAUAUUCAACAUUUGGAGAAAACCUGGAUUCGGAUGAAAACCCAUAUGGAGCAAACAAAAGUUUAUUUGGGCAAAACCAAAAAGGUUUUAUGAGAGACAACGAUCAAAUUAAUUCUGUACUAACUGCAAACAAUCCUCCAUCAGCCAUAGAUAAUUCAAAUUCAAGAAGAGAUAUAAACUCGAACAAUAUAGAUGCUAGUUUAAAGGAAACAGAGUUCAAAUGGAAAAAAUAGCAACUUUUUAAAAGUCUUUUUUAAAGAUAUAAACCGCUACCAUAAAAGAAUUCAACAAGUUUUCAAUAAAGACGAAAAUAGAAGCAUGCAAACAAUGUGUUUUUAUUUUAAAAUGUUCAUUCGCGUGGUAUCUAAACAACAUUUACUACUGAUAAAUACAUCAAGACUAAAAUAAGCAACUUUGCCAUAGCAGUUCCUUUACAGUAUUAGCUUAACAUAAUAUAAAAUAAUUUUUUUUAGUAUUUAAUGCUGCUGCCAAAGCAGUAUAAUUUAUAUUUUAUGAUUGUAAAUAUAUUUUUUAAGUACUUAUUGUUUAUAACAUUUAGUAUCAAACAUUUGAAUAAUGGUUGAUAUAUGUUAAAGACUCUCAUAAAAUUAGAGCGGUUUAAUAAAUAGAGUAUCAUCAGCAAAACGAAUAAAAGUUUGAUUUGUUAGAUGAUAAGUAAAUUUUGCUUA